GGCCUUCUCUCAAGCCCGGCUGGUUGCUCUAUUUCGCAAGAAAAAAAUUUUUUCCUCUUCAUAUUUUUUUUAUUUAUUUUUCUUCAGUCGAAGCAGGUUUUAUUUUCUUUUUUCCUAUUUUCAGUCUGCUGAAAGGCGGCUUGCCGCAAACCUGACCGGCACUUCUCGUCCAGUUGGAGAGCUCGUUGAUCAACCAUGGCAGCAGGUUCAGAUCCGUCUUCUUACUCGGGGGGGUCCCUGGAGGCCGAUCACCUCUGCGUGUUGGUGCAUGGGUUAUGGGGCAAUCCGAACCACAUGGCGUCGGUCGCCAAAGCCCUCCGGGCGCAGCACCCGGCCGACCGGGUCUACAUCCUGCUGGCCAAGAGCAACAGCGGCUCCUUCACGUACGACGGCAUCGAGCUAGGCGGUGAGCGCGUGUGCCACGAGAUCGAGGAGGAGCUGGACAUGAUCCGGGCCAGGGGCGGCAGCAUCAAGAAGCUCAGCAUCGUCGGCUACUCGCUGGGCGGUCUGGUCGCCCGGUACGCCAUCGGCCUGCUCUUUGCCCGGGGCGUCCUCGACAAGCUCGAGUGCCUCAACUUCACCGCCUUCGCGAGCCCCUUCCUCGGGGUGCGCACGCCGCUGCGCGGCUGGCACAACCACAUGUGGAACGUGCUGGGCGCCCGGACGCUCUGCACCUCGGGCCGCCAGCUCUUCGGCAUCGACAAGUUCCGCGACACGGGCAAGCCGCUGCUCGCCGUCCUGGCCGACCCCAGCUCCAUCUUCAUGUCGGGCCUGGCCAGGUUCAAGCGCCACACCCUCUACACCAACAUCGUCAACGACCGCAGCGCCGUCUUCUACACCACCGGCAUCUCCAAGACCGACCCCUUUGUCGACCUGACCAAGGUCAAGGUCCGCUACCUCAAGGGCUACGAAGACGUCAUCCUCGACCCGGCCGACCCGGUCUCCCCCAUCAUCGAUGAUGACACUACUACUACUACUACCACCACCACCACCACCACCACCAACACCAACAACAACAACAACAACAACAACAACAACAACAACAACAACAACAACAACAACAACAACAACAACAACAACAACAACAACAACAACAACAACAACAACAAAACCACCGCCACCGCAAUCCACGAUGACCUCCCCGUAACCAAAGCACCAGCACCAGCAGCAACAGCAGCGGUAGCCAAGGAGGCCGCCGCCGUGGCCGCGGCCGCGGCGGCGCUCCGGAGGUGGGCGCGGCGGGCGCCGAUGGCGCUGGUGCUGGCGGUGCUGGUGCCGCUGGGCACGGUGGCGUUCCUGCUCAACAGCGCGGUGCAGACGGCGCGGUCGGCGCGGCGGGUGCGCCUGCACGAGCGCGGGCUGGGCGGCGUGCCCACGGGCGCCUUCCGCGGCGUCGACCUUUUCAUCCGCGAGGUCCGCGGCGCCGUCGAGGACGCCUACGUCGACGCCGCCGCCGCCGCCCGGGAGGAGUACCUCCUCGUCAACCAGCCUCCUCCUCCUCCUCCCCCCGCCCCCGCCCCCGAUCGUCGCGAUGAGCAGCCCGAUGUUGAGAAGACUGAUGAUGAUGAUGAUGGGCACGGUCGGGAUGAGGAGCAGAAGAAGGAAGGAGAAGAAAGAGGAGAAGAGGAGGAGGAAGAAGAAGGAGGAGGAGGAGGAGGAGGAGGAGAAGAUUCCGGAAAGAAGAAGUGCGCGGCGCUCGAGACGGAGCGGUCGCUCGCCCAGGACAUCGCCCGCGGCGAAAGCGGCGGCGAAAGCGGCAGCGGCAGCGGCAGCGGCAGCAGCCCCUUCCCCACGCUGGCGCUGGCCGCGUACCAGUUCGCGGCCAUUGACGCGCUCGAUCAGCUGGGAUGGCGCAAGUAUCCCGUGUGGAUCCACAAGCACAACCAUAGUCAUGCGGCCAUGAUUGUGCGCAUGGAGAAGCCCGGGUUCGAGGAGGGCAGGCUGGUGUUGAAGCACUGGGUCACGGAGGAGUUUCUGGUCUGAUUUACUCUCGUUGUGUUCAAGGGAAGAUGAAGAUAUUAGGGGGUGAAAGAAGGGGG